CGGCAAGUCUCGCUCAUGUACUUUGAUUUCUCGUAGAACAAUUUAUCUCUCUCUCCAUUUCUCUCCCCGAUUUCUUUCCCUAAAUACAUGCAACCCUAACUAUUCGAUCGAUUCAUCUCUCCCUCUCUCUCUCUGGCGCUAUGACGGAUGAUAAGAGAAAGAAGAAGAGAGGGAGAAGCAAGUUUCUCAGGUCUUGCUUUCGCUCCGAAGAUGGACCUUCUUCAUUUGACAAAUCUGAUGGCCGGAAUGACAAAGUUGGGCCGUUAGGAAAGCCAGAAUUAAUAGCAGACAGUGGUCGCCAAGGGAGAGACUUCAUUCCGGAUGAUAAUUUGGUCAACGGUUGCGAUGCCGACAACCGUGAUGAUUGCUUUGCGAAACGCUCUUCUCCUCGACGACGAAUCUCUCGUAUACUUAAAGCUGUUUUGUUUAAUGCAAAGUUGAAGAAGAUUCGUAGCAGUGCUUCCAAAUCUUCGAUUUCUUCGGACACGAGUUCGUCAUCGUUAUCAAGCGAAAAGGUCGGCAAGUCACUCAAUGACGGUAAUGCAUACGGUAGAGAAUGUCCUGAUAUGGACGAUUCAUGUAGUCGUCGUUCACAUCUGUUUUCUUCUUCUUCUUCCCGAACCACUUCUUCUGCAUACUCUACUUCUUCACGAACCACUUCUUCUGCAUACUCCACGUCUUCCUUAUCGUCUAACAACUCUAAUUCUAGAUCGUUGUUUGACCAAAGAACAUCAUCUCGAAUGGAUACAAUUGAUUUUGGACAUCCGGUUUCAUCCAAUUCGUCAACCUUGAAGAAAUCAAAUCCUAUCAACUCUAAUUCUUCAUUGUGUUUUGACCAAAAGGCAUCAUCAUCCCGAACAGAUUCACCGCAUUUGAGAUCUCAGGGCUCUUCUAAAUCGCUAAUCUUAUCCAAACCAACAUCUACCAAUUCCAUUCCUCAAUCGUCGUCUCACCAAAAAGGAUUAUCUCGACUAGACUCUCAUGAUUCGAGAAAUUCAGUUUCAUCUAAUAUGCUCUUUUUGAUGAACCCUAAUCCUGAUCAGAUCAUGUUUGGUGGCAACAACUGGAAUAUCCGUUGGUGUUUGUUUCUUCUCUUAAGCCUUGUUGUGUUGGUGAUUUGGGGGAGGAUCUUCUCCAUUAUGUGUACAUCAAUUUGGUUCUACUUUGUACCUUGUCAUCGGAUCAAGCGAGUCGACUCGGUUACGAACAUGGCUGAGUGUGUGGAUACUGACUCGAAGCAUUACAAAAAAAGAGUGAUCAUGGCAGGGCUGCUUGAAAGGACUCAUAACCCCACCAGGUAGCUUAGCUCUGAAUGGAAGCUCAGGUUAGUCUGUAUGAAAUGUGUAUAAAAGUCUUAUGUGUAUUUUGUAUAAACUAAAAAAAUAUUCACAGAAAAAUCAUAAUUUUAUGAUUUAAAAUUUGUAAUGAAAUUUGGACCUUGGAGA